CUGCAAGCUUGCCUGGCACUGCCAGCAGGCAAAGCUACAAAUUCGUGUUCAGUAUCUUGCUUGUUGUUCAUCAUGUAAUUAAACCAGAUCAACUAGGUCUUCCCAAAGAAGAGCCGUACAGGUGCUUAUGCUCGAAGAUUAACAUUGCGGCUGUUCAAAAAGAUCCGAGCCGUAAUAUGUCCGCCACCAAACCUCGACUAGCCAUCAUUGGAUCAGGGUGGGCCGGAUUCUACAUCGUCCAGAACAUUGACCUGGAAGCAUACAGUGUCACGGUACUAUCACCACGUCGAACAUCAGCAUACACGCCGCUGUUGGCGUCCGCAGCCGUCGGCUUGUUCAACUUCUACUUGGCCGAAGAGCCAGUCCGGUCGAAAUCAAGGUCGGCUUUACGAUUUGUCAAAGCCAAUGUCCUGGACAUCGACUUUGGUAAAAGAGCCUGCCGAUGCGCACCAGCCUUUGACGAGGAUCCAGCACUGGCCCAAGAAGAAUUUGAGGUGGUGUACGACUACCUCGUGAUCGCGCCAGGAUGCAUGCCCAAUACAUUCAACACGCCAGGCGUAGAGGAGAACGCAAUAUUCAUCAAAAACGUCUCGGACGCGAUGCGCGUGCGCAAGACACUUUUCGACUUGCUCGAGAAAGCCAGUCUUCCUCAUAUCACGCCUGAAAGGGCCAGCGAACUGCUGCACAUUGCCAUCGUAGGCGGUGGGCCCACGGGGAUAGAAUUGACAGCCGAAUUGGACGAUUUACGCAAAGACGAGUUGAAGGCUAUCUACCCUCUUGUGGCCGAGUACAUGAAUAUCAGCGUGUACGAUGUAGCCCCGCACAUUCUGUCUGCGUAUGACAACAGAUUGCACGAGUACGCGUCGAACCAGUUGGAAAAGCGGCACGUCGACGUCGCGACGAACACCCAAAUUGAACACGUUGACAAGGAUGCCCUGUACAUCAAGGAUAAAGGUCGUGUGCCGUACGGCAUGCUCAUUUGGGCUACGGGCAACAAGAACGUGCCCCUAGUUGAGAAACUUGAGAGCGACGUCAAAGUGUCACGGCGUGGCCUCAAGCGGAUUCUCACAGACGACCGCUUGCGCGUGCUCAAGCCAGACGGAGAGUUCUAUGACGGUGUCUUUGCGCUCGGCGACGCUGCGGACAUCGAGGGCGCAAGCCUCCCUACCACAGCGGAAGUCGCGGUUCAAAAGGCAAAGUAUCUUGUCGGGAACUUCAACCUGCGUGCAAAACACGGUCCGCCGAACCCUGCGUUUCGCGAGACGUUCAAGUACGAACAGAAACAGCUCGUGAGUUAUAUAGGGGCUCACGAUGGGGUUAUUGCUGGAAAGGGCCCCAACGACCCCGGGUGGACAGGACGGUCGGCAUGGUUGGCCUGGCGGAGCGGGAGUCUGCUUUGGAAUCGGAAUUGGAGGAGUCGUGUGGUUAUUGUGCUUACUUGGUGCCUUAAUCGGGUGUUUGGGAAGGAGAUUGCGAAGAUGUGA